AUGCCCGAGACACGUCUCCGACGGCCUAGCUGACCAUUUCGCUGCAGGUCGCGGCGUUGGCAGUGCCAGUCAGCGCGAUGACUGACCCGAUUCCCUGAUAACCCGAUAGCAGAUGCAAUGCAGGACUCCGUUAUUGGCCCAUAUAUCGUCAGUGGCGUAGUGAGAGCCAAAAGGAGCGCGAACCAAGGGAGGAGGAAGGGCGAGCCGCCUGGCGCCAAGCCGACCUCCUCCGCCCUUCCUCCAGCAUAGGUGGUGUAUCCCAUGGCACUUAUUAUGAUCCUCGCUCCCCGGAGGCCCCCCCAUUCCUGUCUCCGGGCCAAACGACUCCUUCGAGUCUUUUCCCUUCCCAUUCCAUCUCCCUUUCACUUCUUCCAUCGAGCUCGCGAGCUCUUUUUCUGCUUUUGCCUUGCUUCCUCCCUUGUGAUUAAUCAAUCAUUAUCUGUUUGGCACAAGCUCACCGCCGUACGCGGAAUCCUUCUCAGGCCUGUCGCCUUCGACGCUCUCUCUCCCGUGUGGUUUGCUCUGAUACAUGCACCGGAUUCAUUCGUGGGCGAAAGCUCACGCCUUUAGUCGGAGUCUAUCUGCACACAAGGAUCACCCCUCCGACAACACUCCGACCUCCUCGCGCGUCCCCGAAGACGCUCCUACUCCUCACAAUGAUGCCCAAGUGAAUCGGUCGACGGAGGGGAAGCUCCCCCAGCCCUCCGAUCCCCAUCGUGAAAACAAUGAAAAUGCCGGCGAAGAAAGUCCGGGACUUCUCGUCCGGAUGAAGAAUGGCUCCAUCCGUUUCGUGAGACACACCAAGACCGCCCUCUGCCACAGCUGGGUCAAUGCCUUGCUUAUCUUUGUGCCCGUGGGAAUCGCCGUCAAGGCGGCGGAUUUGAACCCUUCUGUUAUAUUCGCGAUGAAUGCCGUCGCCAUUAUCCCCCUCGCAGGGUUGUUGAGCCAUGCCACCGAAUGUGUUGCUAGUCGUCUUGGGGACACCGUAGGGGCUUUGACCAAUGUCACAUUUGGCAAUGCCGUUGAAUUGAUCGUAUUCAUUAUUGCCCUCGUAAAGGACGAAAUCCGUAUCGUCCAGGCAUCCUUGCUGGGCUCUAUUCUGGCGAAUCUACUCCUGAUCCUAGGGAUGGCCUUCUUACUCGGAGGUCUCCGUUUCCAAGAACAGUUCUACAAUAGCACUGUCACCCAAAUCAGCGCUUGUCUCCUCAGUUUGAGCGUUAGCAGUUUGCUUCUUCCAACGGCUUUCCACGCAUCAUGGUCCAGCGACAGCAAAGCUGACAAAUAUACCCUCAAAGUCAGCCGCGGCACUAGCGUGGUUCUUCUCCUCGUAUACAUACUCUACGUCCUUUUCCAACUGAAAUCUCAUUCCUACCUCUACGCUAGCAUUCCCCAGCAGAUUAUCGACGAGGAGUCCCAUCCUGGCGUUUUGGCCGAGUUCAUGAACAGUCAUUCUUCAGACUCGUCAAGCUCAUCGGACGAAUCUGACGAUUCAUAUGCAUCCUGGUCAACUGCAAAACGUAUUAAGCGAGCAGUGAAACAUAAGAUACGUCGGAAAUCUAGCGUCAGUUCAAAGGAUACGGCUCCAAUUUCUUCCGACGGAGCGGAAUUGGUUUGUACAACUCCAGCAGUUGGUGAUGGACUACCUGCCCAACGGGACCGCAAUGGGACCGAUAUCACCGCCAUUGAUUUCGGUGACGAAACUGCCUAUCACGCUGAUGAUGAUAUCGCACGGCCUAAUCGACCCGGAAAGGGCUCGACUGCGGCCAAACGUUCCAAAGUCAGUGAGAAAAUGAAGAAUUUCAGGAACAAGGAGAACGCGAAACCGGAAACGACAAACCAAACAAGCCCUCUACCUCCUGCUGGCGGCUCAAUGCGGCCGUCUCUGAUAUCAUAUGCCCUGCGAGGUAGGAAUAGCGAGCACACUCCGGAUAUCACGCGAAGAAUGUCACCGUUGCGCCCGGCCCUGCCUUCUCUGCUAUCCAACACUGUAUUUUCACACCCCCCGUCAUCCAGAUCCCCGUCCGCAGGACCGGGCUGCCGGCUGCAUCGCUCGAACUCGUUGCCGAACUUCCGGAGUCGCGCGCCCCCCGUGGGAAAUGCGGUCCACUUUGCUUGCGGGGCAGAUUUCAUGCAGCCUGCCGCCCAGGUUGCAGCUGUUGAACCGCCGCCUCUGCACCCAGAGGCCGACAUGUCUCGGACUGCUGCGGUGGUUAUGCUACUAGUAUCCACGGGGCUUGUGGCUGUCUGCGCGGAGUUCCUUGUUGAUGCUAUCCCGCCAAUGAUCGAUACUUCGAACGUUAGCCAGGCAUUUAUUGGAUUGAUCAUCCUACCCAUUGUCAGUAAUGCUGCAGAGCACGUCACGGCUGUGACUGUGGCGACGAAGAACAAGAUGGACUUGGCCAUCGGCGUGUCCGUUGGGAGUAGCAUUCAGAUCGCCAUCUUCAUAACGCCGCUCGUCGUGAUUCUCGGCUGGUUCAUGGACAAAGAUAUGUCCCUAUAUUUUACUCUCUUCGAAACGGUAUCCCUCUUUGUCACUGCCUUCGUGGUGAACUUUCUGGUCCUCGAUGGACGCAGUAAUUACCUAGAAGGGGCGCUGCUGAUUGCCGCGUAUAUUAUUAUUGCGGUUGCGGCAUUUUACUUUCCCAGCAAUGCAGAAGUGAGCGACGUGGGGGGAUAACCGGUUCAGAUUGAUGCAUUGCGCCGAGACUUGGCUCACAGCCAAUUUCACAGAUUCCAUCAUCAUGAGGGAUAUAAUAUACUCUUCGAUUUCAGGUCCGGUUUCUGCCAGAGGGGAAUCUGGACGUCUAUUCGUCAUUUUUGCUCUUUUUCUUUCUUUGUUCUUGACUAAAUUGGGAAACAAACAUGACUUGGCCAGUGACGAAAGGGACUGGUUGAUCUGUUACUAUUAAUUAUUGCAAAGUCUUUCAUCAUUUGACGCUGCCCUCUGCAGCCCUUCGUCUGUCUCUACCGAAACACUAGUGAUGCCGGUUCCCCGCUCUACCAGAAUGUUACUAUUGUUGUCAUUUGGACAAGGACAGGUGGGCAUGCUGUGCGCAGUGGGCCUAGCAAUAGCCAUAGUUAUUCAUGUACUGUAUACUCUUCCCUGUCCGGCUGUUCCGACUCAAAAUUGGGCAACGGACGUGGCUGUGCCUAUGGCUGUGCUUAUGGCUGUGCUUGGCCAUCCAGUGGCUGUGGCACACGUGGCUGAUUCGGGAAUAUUCUCCAUUUAUUUGUUUACUGUGUGCUCCGUAUGACCGUUAUUAUCACCCUACGGACAGGCACAACGGCUUGUUGACAGAUGGGGAAUGAGGAUAUCCUGGGAAGAUAUGGUAAUUGGUCUGCCUAGAUGCAUGCCCAGUGCACGUUUUUUUUGUCCUAAUUUGGUAGGAAGCGUCGAUCGACUAUUUUUGCCGUGAAACUGGUGGAGUAGACCGGGUAGGGCAGGCAGCAGAGGGGUCAAGGGUACUGCAGAUAAUAAUAUACGGAGUAUUCAUAUAAGAAGACGUGCUCA